AUGAUUGUUAGUAGACGUGGCAAACAACUCAAAGCCAUCCUUUUCAAUCAGUUACUUGAGCCACUCCUCUGUCCAUUCGAUCCAACUCUCAUUACAAUUAACACUUCAGAGCCCAAAACAUACACUAUAUAUAGUUCAAACAAUGUUGAAAGAGUUGAAUUGAAUAGGAUCAUUAUUGAUAUCAAACGUAAUCCAUUGUUGGUAGCAUGUCCGUUCCUCGAGGUCAAGCUAUACCAAGGGGCAGUCCAGAAGAAGGGAAAGGUCAAAUGGUCACAUAGAUGGUUCGAAAUUGAACAAUUACAUAUUAGUUGCUUCAAGAAGAAGGACUCAACACUACCAGUGAAUGUAAUACCAUUGAAGGGACUCACCGUCAAACAAUUGGAACCAAGCCAUCUCUUCCUUAGGAAUGGAGUACGCACCUUCCAUUUCAGAACAGACACCGAGGCACAAUGUGACACAAUCUACUCCAAGCUAGUCUCACUCGGAGUACAAAACAGGAUCUUUGGAGCAUUCAAGGAGGACAGGAAGAAGUCACUCCAACUACUUCCAUAUGUAAUGACCAAGAAGUAUAAUCCAAUCAACUUUAAGGCACUGCAUAAUAUGUUGACAAAGCCGAAUAUUAAGUUGCAGGAUCUGCAUUUCAGUAGCUCAACGACAGAUGACUCGCUGAGUAGACUGCCCACCAAGAUGGUGAUGCAGCCAGUGGCCUACAACAAGAACAUCCGAGCAUCAGUACGACAACUGAUACAAAUGUACAAUAGCGCAAUAGAGACACAAUCAACAACAUCAUCAUCUACAUCAUCCUCAUCUUCCCUCAAUCAAAGUCAGAGUCGGAAAUCAGAGACUGUUUAUACACAACAACAAGUACUACAACGUGUCAACUCUUUAAAUAAUGUACAAUUCCUUCCUCAACAGACACCAGCUGUCGCGACUGCUGCCACUGGAAACGCACCAAAUGUUGCCCAACUUAUCGAUCAUGUGGACAACAUCAAUGAAUCAUGUGAUACCAUUUAUCGAUGGAUCACGAGCAAUAAGGAGACACUUGGCGCAGAUGACUACCAACAACUGUUGAACGAUGUGGAUCGUGUCGCAGUUCAUCUUCCAGACAUUCGCAGGGAGCUGCCAGGUGCGACAUCAGGACAUGUACAACACAUUGACUCCUCUUCCUCAACCUCAUCACCUGACCGCGUCAUUGAGAGCAAGGACUCGAUGACACAUGUAUUCAACGACAUUGACAUUGGCCCAACAUACUUGUCCGAGAGCUACAGCACAUGUAGUAGCUCAUCGGGCAGCAGUGAUGAUGAGUACAGUGUCAAUGGCGAGGAGUUGGAGGAAGAGCAGGAAGCAGAACACUAUGACUCCACCGUUCAAGUCAAUCUCAAUGUCUCACCUUAUCAACAACCGAGGCGAAGUGAUCAAAGAUGUAUAGACGACAUUGGUCUCGACUCGAGAAGAGAGCAAUACACAAGUGGUUGA